AUGGAUGUCAGCUCAUCCUUCGAAGUGCAUGGAGCCUGUUCCUUUGCGGACCCAAGUACCGUCAAGGCGAUCCUGGCGGCCCGGGCGAGCGUCAACAGCCAGGGCGAAGGCUACACUCCAUUGCACGCUUGUGCGAUGUUUUGCCGGGGCAAUCGGUUUGCUCCCGAGAUCGCAACCUUGCUGAUCCAACAGCGCGCAGAUGUCAAUGCCCCUGCAGUGCCUAAUGGCUACUUUGACUGGGAGUGUCGGUGUGCGCGACUAGUGGCAGCACUGGCUGGUUUCGAGAACGCGUCCUAUGUUACGCGGAUGCUCGCCAGCAUUCCUCGCAUAACACCACUGGGAACGGCGGCCUUCAUUGGCCACUUGAGCUGCAUGAGCAGAGCUUUGUGCAGCGUCCGAGGUAGGGUCGUCGAUUAA